AUGAGUCAGGAAUUAAGUCACUCUGACAAACCAGAGACAUCUUUACCGAACUGGGUCGUCGUCGACAAGAGGAAAUCCUCAAAAAUAGCACGGUUGCUGCCGUUGCCAAAGACAAGAAAGAGAAAUUUGUUUCACGACUUUCUACCCUUGGUGUUCUGGGAGUGGAACCUCAGCUGUUUGCUAAGGAUGAAGAGUACACCGAUGAACUUGCCAAGGUCUUCCGGGAAAGAGUAG